GACUUCAAGGCCUUGGACUUGACWGUCGGUGUACUUUUCGCUACGCAGGGAGGAGUCCGACAUUUGUUUCUUUAUCAAAGUGACAUAUUACUAGAUUUAUGCUCAAACUUAAAGAUGUUUUGCCACGCCUGUCCACUACGUAGCCCGUGCGUGUCAAUAAUGUAAAGCUAUCGACAGAUAUUCUGAUAAUUUUCGGCCAAAAAAGAUCGAAGGAAACAGGAAGGCGGAACAAGGUCCAGAUUGGUUUCAGACAAAUACCAGAAGACUUCCACAACUACAGGUCAUUCACACUAAGCUUUGACUGCUUCAUUAGUAAAUAAUUCACCAAAGGUGUUCAAACUAAUUACSCUGCACCACCACAUGCGACCAUGUCCAUGGCCCUGAAACAAGUCUUCAACAAAGAUAGGACAUUCCGACCCAAGCGCAAGUUCGAGCCCGGGACGCAGCGGUUCGAGCUCCACAAGAAGGCGCAGGCGUCCYUGAACGCGGGCCUGGACCUGAAGCAGGCCGUGCAGCUGCCCCACGGCGAGGACCUCAACGACUGGGUGGCGGUCCACGUGGUCGACUUCUUCAACCGCAUCAACCUCAUCUAUGGCACCAUCAGUGACUCGUGCACCGACCAGACCUGCCCGGUCAUGUCCGGCGGGCCCAAGUACGAAUACCGCUGGCAGGACGAGCACAAGUACAAGAGGCCGACGGCCCUGUCAGCCCCCAAAUACAUGAGCCUGCUCAUGGACUGGAUCGAGGUACAGAUCAACAAUGAGAACAUCUUCCCCACCAAUGUCGGUACUCCCUUCCCUAAGUGCUUCAUGCAGGUGGCYAAGAAGAUUUUGUCACGUCUGUUCCGGGUGUUCGUCCACGUCUACAUCCACCACUUCGACCGUGUCACCCAGAUGGGUGCCGAGGCUCACGUCAACACCUGCUACAAGCAUUUCUAUUACUUUGUCACCGAGUUCAACCUGACGGACCACAAAGAGCUGGAACCUCUGAAAGAGAUGACUGCUCGAAUGUGCCACUGAGGGACCUGCGGACACGUCGGAUGAACGCCUCCGUCCAUCUUCAAGACUGAACCCGAGUGCGAAGAGCAAACAAAUUCAGAGUCUAUUUUUAUAUUUAAGUACUGUAAUCUAUUUUAGCCACAUACUGUAGGUUUUAACAAAGAACCUUGAAGAGUGAGGCGUUCUGUUCCUUUUAAAAAAAAAAGAGAAAAAUCCAUUCAGACUUCGUAUUGCAGCACAGUAUUAAAAGGUGUAUGUUUGUGUUUAUGUUUUUCUAUUUUUAUUUGAACUGCAAUCAUUCCAGGAUACUAUCAACUUUCUCUUUGAUUUAAAAUGAUCUCAAAUUAGGACGAUUUCUUACUGUAAGAUUAUAAAAUCAUGUUGCAACAUUAAAGUGAUCUCUUCUCUGUUAUUAUUUUGAAUUAGUCCAUUAAUAUUUAAAUAAAAACUGACUGGUUUUAAGUAAA